AUGGAGAAUGCUAAAAGUGUCGGCACACCUUUAGAGGCUCAUUUUAAAUUGAGCUCCAAAUAUAGUCCUUCAAAUGAUGAUGAGAAGGAAUGUAUGAAGAAUGUUCCCUAUAGUUCAGUUUUUGGUAGUCUUAUGUAUGCUAUGAGCUUUUGUGUUCGAUCGGUUUCCCAAAGGAUAUCUCAAACGAUGAUUAUAUCGGUCAUGUUCAAGCUUUUCGUGUUUCUCGCUUUAGUUGGCAUUGCAAAUUCUCAAGGCUUGAAGCUUGACUUCUACAAGCAAACAUGCCCCUCCCUCGAUGCCAUUGUUAGAGAGACCACUGCUCGCUUCGUUCUUAGAGCGCCUACUCUUGCUGCGCCAUUGUUAAGGAUGCAUUUUCACGAUUGUUUUGUGAGGGGAUGUGAUGGUUCGGUACUACUAAACUCUACUAAGAGCAACCAAUCUGAGAAAGAAGCAAUACCCAACCAAACUUUGAGAGGAUGGCAUGUUAUCGACGCUGUGAAAACCGCUAUAGAAAAGAAGUGUCCGGGUGUCGUAUCAUGCGCCGACAUCUUGGCCUUAAUAGCUCGAGAUUCUACCUUGUUGAUUAAUGGACCUUUUUGGGAAGUUCCCUUGGGGAGAAGAGAUGGAAGUGUAUCCAUCUCCAAUGAGGCCUUAAAUGGUUUGCCAUCUCCCUUUGCAAACAUUACAACACUCAAAUCCCAAUUUUCGGUUUUGGGUUUGGACGCAAAAGACCUCGCGGUUCUUUCAGGAGCACACACAAUUGGAAUAGGUCAUUGCUUCGCCUUCAACAACCGGUUGUACAACUUCACCGGUAAGGGCGACACAGACCCCACCAUGGACCCUAACUACAUAGCUCGACUCAAGACUCGAUGCAAACCCGGGGACUCUACAACCUUUGUCGAGAUGGACCCUGGGAGCUUCAAAACCUUUGACGAGGAUUACUACACGAUGGUCUCAAAGAGGAGAGGCUUGUUCCAGUCCGAUGCAGCCCUACUAGCUGAUCAAGAGACAAAGGCCUAUGUGAAGCUUCAAGCUUUAAGCCAUGGUUCUACCUUCUUUAAGGAUUUUGGUGUUUCAAUGAUUAAGAUGGGGAAUGUUGGAGUGCUCACAGGGAAUGCUGGUGAAAUAAGGAAGCAAUGUGCUUUGGUUAAUUAGAUGAAAUUAAUUAGGCUUCUCAUUGCUUGUUUUUCUUUUCUUUCAUUUUUAUUAUUUAAAUU